GUUGGACUUGAAGGGGCUCUACGUGACGGCUGAGGAGUGGGCAGGCAACACUUCUGAACGGAGCGCAGCAGUGCAGCACAGUUCAGACACGCAGAGAGGAGAGGAGCCGUGCGGAGAGACGGGUGCCCAUCCGUUAACUAGCUGGAGGAACGCACACUAACAAUCCCUUAUGGCUGCUUGAGAAAUAACCAAACACCCCCCCUCCCCCUUUUUUCUCUUUCUCUGGGACUUUUGGCUUUUUAGUAUUGUCCUGACCAGAAGUUGUUGCAAGUCGAGUUAGUUUCUCCAAGUUGAAAAGUGAAUCCACUUGCCGGGGACGUCUCUGGCGGUCAUGGAUACCCAUAUAAGAUGGAAAGUUAAACGGACGAUAAGGGACGCCCAAAUCACUUUAGCGGUGAUUCUGCUUUUUGUCACAUCGCAAGCAAGUUCAGUGGAACCAGCAGACCUCUUGAAGAUAUUAGAUUUUCACAGUUUACCCGAGGGUGUUCUAAAAACAACGGGUCUCUGCUCACAUCGGAAGUCAACACAAGGACCCGAUGUCGCCUACAGAGUUUCCAAAGACGCCCAGCUGAGCGCCCCCACCCAACAGCUGUAUCCAGGUGAUGUGUUCCCGGAGGACUUUUCCAUCUUGGCCACAGUGAAGCCUAAGAAGGGCAGCCAGUCCUUCCUGCUGUCUGUGUACAAUGAGCAGGGCAUCCAGCAGCUCGGGCUGGAGGUGGGCCGUUCUCCAGUGUUCCUGUACGAGGACCACACAGGCAAACCCAGCCCCGAGGACUACCCCCUCUUCAGAGGAGUCAACCUGGCUGACGGAAAAUGGCAUCGAGUGGCCAUCAGUGUGCACAAGCAGACCAUCACCCUCAUUCUGGACUGUAAAAAGAAGACCACCCAGAAGCUGCUCCGAAGCCCCCACCCCAUCAUCGAUACCAGGGGAAUUGUAGUUUUUGGAACUAGAAUACUUGAUGAAGAAGUCUUCGAGGGAGACAUCCAGCAGCUAUUGAUUGUAGGAGACCAUCGUGCUGCCUAUGACUACUGUGAGCACUACAGUCCUGAUUGUGAAGUGCCCAUGCCCGACCAGCCUCAGAACCAGGACCCCAACACCGAUGAAUAUAACACAGAGGAGGACAGCUACUAUUACGAGUACCCUUACUAUGAGGACACCGAGGGAAAGCCUCUUGAAUCAACAUCUGAUGCUGAGACGACAAAAGAAGUCAAGGUGGCAGAUGAAGACAGCGUGUUGUCUGAAGUGGAGGAGGCUCUGAGGGAUUCUGGUGCCAUCGGCGGCAAAGUGACCUCCAUCACCAGCAGCUCAUCCGCUGGCUCAUCCGCUGGCUCUUCAUCCAGCUCCACAGGAACUGCCACUGCCGGAGGAGAAGCCUACGGAGAGGAGACCAGCCCUUACGAAAGUUACGAUGGCUACGGUAACUACGAGACCUACUACGACGAGGCCACGGCAGCCCCAGAUACAGACUCCUCCCGACGGGUCACCAUCACCAGCAGCAGCACCGGCACCGGGGGCGAGGUGGACCUGGAGGCAGGGGGAAAGAUUGACUUGAGUUCAGCCUCCAGCAUCGAAAGGCGGGUCACCGGUGGAGAAGGAUCUUCAAUCACCAUGACCGCCAAUGAGACAUCAGUUGCAACUUCCGUUGGUGACUAUGGUGAUGAGUAUGAUUAUGGCACCGAUGACGCUUAUAGCCUUGGUGGUGGAGAUGGAGGAGGCAGCAGCAGCAGCAGUUCAGUCCAUGACAGUGCAGGUGGAGGAGAUGGAGGAGGCAGCAGCAGCAGUUCAGUCCAUGUCAGUGGAGGUGGAGGAGAUGGAGGAGGCAGCAGCAGUUCAGUCCAUGUCAGUGGAGGUGCAGGAGAUGGAGGAGGAGGCAGCAGCAGCAGCAGUUCAGUCCAUGUCAGUGGAGGUGCAGGAGAUGGAGGAGGCAGCAGCAGCAGCAGCAGUUCUACCAUCACUAUCGGGGGCGGGUCUUCCUCUGCGGGGGGAUCUUCCACCACCGGAGGGGGAUCAGCCAGCACCGGAGCAGGGGGCUCCAUCGCCACAGGAACAGGCCUGGGUGUUGAAGGAGAGGGAGACUACACAGACCUGGAUGGGUUCAAGGAGGAGCACCUCAGCGAAUACGGCGAUUUAGACUCGUACGGCACCUACGAUGAUCUCGACUAUGGCGACGAGGGCAAAGUGCUGCCUGCUGAGACCGGGACAGAUUAUGGACAGGUCCACGGAGCCCGUGGCGAGAAGGGACAGAAGGGAGAGCCUGCUGUUAUUGAGCCUGGAAUGUUAGUGGAGGGCCCGUCUGGGCCUGAAGGGCCAACAGGCCUCCCCGGACCCCCAGGUUCUUCUGGCCAACCAGGCAGUUCUGGAGAUUCUGGAGAGAGGGGUCCUACUGGUCGUGCUGGUCUUUCCGGUGCUGAUGGUCUGCCCGGACCCCCUGGUACUGUCCUGAUGCUGCCUUUCAGAAUGAGUUCUGGUGGUGACUCCGGACAGAAGGGCCCUGCUGUGUCAGCACAGGAGUCCCAGAUGCAAGCCAUCAUGCAGCAGGCUAGGCUGGCUAUGCGCGGCCCUACAGGUCCGAUGGGUUUGACUGGCAGGUCCGGCCCUCUGGGUCCUCCCGGGGGCUCAGGCCUGAAGGGAGAGUCUGGAGACUCAGGUGUUCAGGGACCACGUGGACCCUUGGGCACCUCUGGACCCUCUGGAAAGCCUGGCAGAAGGGGUCGUUCUGGAGCCGACGGUGCCAGGGGCAUGCCGGGACAGUCUGGAACCAAGGGAGACCGAGGCUUUGAUGGUCUUUCCGGACUUCCUGGUGAAAAAGGACACAGAGGUGAAUCUGGACCCUCUGGACCUCAUGGUGGUCCUGGAGAGGAUGGAGAAAGGGGAGAUGAUGGAGAGAUCGGGCCCCGGGGACUUCCUGGCGAAUCAGGGCCCCGCGGUUUGCUCGGACCAAAAGGACCUCAGGGACCCUCUGGACCCCCUGGUGUUACUGGGAUGGAUGGACAACCUGGACCCAAAGGAAACAUUGGACCUCAAGGAGAACCAGGACCUCCUGGACAGCAAGGAAACCCAGGAACCAUGGGUCUUGCAGGGCCCCAAGGAGCCAUCGGACCCCCAGGAGACAAGGGACCUUUUGGAAAACCAGGCUUGCCAGGAAUGCCAGGAGCUGACGGCCCACCGGGUCACCCGGGAAAGGAAGGGCCUAACGGAGAGAAAGGACACCUGGGCCCUGCUGGCCCUCAAGGACCCCUUGGUUAUCCCGGGCCCCGAGGUGUGAAGGGAGCCGACGGUGUCCGCGGUCUGAAAGGACACAAGGGUGGAAAGGGAGAAGAUGGAUUCCCCGGCCUCAAGGGAGAUUUGGGAAUCAAGGGCGACAGGGGAGAGCUCGGCCCAGGAGGACCCAGAGGAGAGGACGGUCCUGAGGGUCCCAAGGGUCGCUCAGGUCUCUUAGGAGAUUCUGGUCCUCUCGGCCCAUCUGGUGAGAAGGGUAAACUCGGAGUUCCCGGACUCCCCGGAUACCCAGGAAGACAAGGACCAAAGGGAUCUCAAGGUUUCCAAGGAUUCCCAGGAGCCAAUGGAGAGAAAGGAGCUCGGGGAUUGGCAGGGAAGUCUGGCCCACGCGGACAGAGGGGACCAACGGGGCCUCGAGGAGAGAGAGGACCAAGGGGACCAACAGGAAAGAAUGGACCAAAGGGUACCUCAGGAAAUGACGGCCCACCAGGACCUCUUGGCGAGAGGGGUCUGCCAGGGCCUCAGGGACCAACAGGUUUCCCAGGACCAAAGGGCCCUCCUGGACCCGCAGGAAAAGACGGACUGCCCGGACAUCCUGGACAGAGAGGAGAGACUGGAUUCCAAGGCAAGACUGGCCCUCCUGGCCCCCCAGGUGUGGUUGGACCUCAGGGACCAACAGGUGAGACUGGACCAAUGGGAGAUCGCGGUCAUCCUGGACCCCCAGGCCCACCUGGUGAGCAGGGUCUACCUGGAUCUGCAGGAAAGGAAGGAGCCAAGGGUGACCCCGGUCCUGCUGGCCCAGUCGGUAAGGAUGGCCCUCCUGGACUCAGAGGUUUCCCCGGAGAGAGAGGUCUGCCCGGCCCUGUGGGGGCUCACGGCCUGAAAGGAAGCGAAGGACCCCAUGGCCCACCUGGACCCGCUGGUUCUCCUGGUGAGCGCGGCCCUGCUGGCCCAGCCGGACCUACAGGUCUGCCUGGACGUUCCGGACCCCAGGGACCCCCGGGGCCUUCCGGAGAGAAAGGAGGACCCGGAGAGAAAGGACCUCAAGGCCCAGCUGGAAGAGAUGGUAUUCAGGGACCUGUGGGUCUGCCCGGCCCUGGAGGACCUCCUGGACCCCCCGGAGAGGACGGAGACAAGGGAGAGCUUGGAGAGUCCGGCCAGAAAGGAGGCAAGGGUGACAAAGGAGAGCAUGGUCCACCUGGUCCCACCGGCCCUCAAGGACCUGUUGGAGCACCCGGUCCAGCUGGUGCGGAUGGAGAGCCCGGUCCCAGAGGUCAGCAGGGUCUGUUUGGCCAGAAGGGAGAUGAAGGAUCCAGAGGAUUCCCCGGACCUCCAGGUCCAGUUGGUCUGCAGGGCUUGCCUGGUCCCCCCGGCGAGAAAGGUGAAACUGGAGACGUUGGUCAAAUGGGUCCACCCGGUCCACCUGGUCCCAGAGGCCCCUCAGGACCCCCAGGAGCUGACGGCCCUCAGGGACCUCCCGGUGGCAUUGGAAACCCUGGCUCUGUUGGAGAAAAGGGAGCUGCUGGAGAAACAGGAGUGCCCGGACUUCAGGGAGAACUCGGAGGACCAGGUCCAAGAGGAGAGAGAGGAGAGAAGGGAGAGUCUGGUCCAGCUGGUACAUCAGGACCCCCCGGCCCUAAGGGUCCCCCUGGAGAUGACGGUCCCAAAGGAAGCCCCGGUCCAAGUGGUUUCCCUGGUGACCCUGGUCCCCCUGGAGAGCCCGGUGCAGCUGGAUUAGAUGGACCCGCUGGUGACAAGGGAGAUGACGGAGAGGCUGGUCAAGCUGGUUCUCCUGGACCCACUGGAGAGUCUGGUCCCUCUGGACCCCCAGGAAAGAGAGGCCCCCAUGGAAUAUCAGGACCUGAGGGAAGACAAGGAGAGAAGGGAACUAAGGGAGAGACUGGUUUGGAAGGUCCCCAAGGAAAGACAGGCCCCGUUGGUCCUCAAGGAUCACCUGGCAAGCCCGGUUCUGAAGGCCUGCGGGGUAUCCCUGGCCCAGUUGGAGAGCAAGGUCUUCCUGGUUCUCCAGGCCCAGAUGGACCUCCGGGACCCAUGGGUCCUCCUGGUUUACCUGGUAUGAAAGGAGAUUCUGGCGUUAAAGGAGAAAAGGGCCAUCCUGGGCUUAUUGGUCUUAUCGGACCCCCAGGAGAACAGGGAGAGAAGGGUGACCGUGGUCUGCCCGGCCCCCCAGGACAACAUGGCUCCAAGGGAGACAAUGGUAUUGCCGGUCCUUCAGGUCCUCUCGGUCCCCUCGGCCCCCCUGGACUACCUGGUCCAUCUGGUCCUAAAGGAGCUAAAGGGUCAUCUGGUCAAACUGGACCGAAGGGAGAGACCGGUACAUCUGGACCUCCUGGCCAACCUGUAAGGCCCCCCCCCGGCGAUGUCAUCCACCCCCUCCCCAUGAUGUCCAACGUGAAGGGCAGAACUCGCAGGAACAUCGAUGCCAGCGAGGUGAUGGACGACAUGCCUGCAGAUACCAACUACAAGGACUACGAAGACGAUGAGGAAAUCUUUGGCUCGCUCAACUCCCUGAAGCUGGAGAUCGAGCAGAUGAAGCAUCCGAUGGGAACGCAGAGCAACCCGGCGCGUACCUGUAAAGACCUGCAGCUCUGCCACCCCGACUUCCCCGAUGGUGAGUACUGGAUUGAUCCAAACCAGGGCUGCUCUCGGGACUCCUUCAAGGUUUACUGCAACUUCACAGCAGGAGGAGAGAGCUGCAUCUUCCCAGAUAAGAAGUCUGAAGGGGCUAGGCUCACAUCCUGGGUAAAGGAGAAUCCCGGCUCCUGGUUCAGUGAAUUCAAACGUGGUAAACUGCUCUCCUAUGUGGAUGCCGAGGGUAGCCCCGUCAGCGUGGUCCAGAUGACCUUCAUGCGGCUGCUGAGCGCGGCUGCCAGACAGAACAUGACGUACAACUGCUACCAGUCGGUGGCCUGGCACGACCAGGAGCAGGACGGCUACGACAAGGCCAUCCGCUUCCUGGGCUCCAACGAUGAGGAGAUGUCUUACGAUAACAACCCCUACAUCCGCGCAGUGGUCGACGGCUGUGCGUUGAAAAAGGGUUAUGAAAAGACAGUACUUGAGAUCAACACGCCAAAGGUGGAGCAGGUGCCUAUUGUGGACAUUAUGUUCAACGACUUUGGCGGCUCCGCGCAGAAGUUUGGAUUUGAAGUGGGCCCCGUCUGUUUCAUCGGCUAAGACUGUUUACUGAACAAAUGGAGAAAAAAAAGCAUAUAUUUCUUUUCUCAGAGAAAAAAAAAAACUAUUGAAAAAGAAUAGGACAAUUCUAUUUGUAAAAAAGUAACUUUUUUUUCCAUAAAGCAACAAGUAUGAGUAAAAAUGAAAUCAAGUGAAAUUCUAUAGGAAUAGAGGAAAAUAACCUUGAAACCUCAGUGUGCCUUCUCCAUCACAUGCACGUUUUGAAACUGGAUGUCAGAUCCUGCCUUCUACACAAACAACCCUAGCCCCAUGCCACCAUUCUCCAUUUAGAUUUAGACAUGGAAGGCGACCCUGAGAGCUCCAACCGUUCCAGACGCUCGCUGCAUUUGCCACGGACUCCAUCUGAUUUGGCUCUUUGUUUUCCUUUCAGUUCUGAUCUCAUGUUUUCCCGCCUCUCCCCGGCUUAUUCCACUUGUCCUUUGUUGUUUUGUUCGCUCAUUCACUACGGGAGCUUUGUUUGUGCAUAAUUCUCUCCCCAUUCCCUUGGAAUGGACCAUAUAUAUAUAAAUAUAUAUAAAUAAUUUUUAUGUUUGUAAGUACAUUCUGUAUAUUUUUCAUGGUAAUUUGUAUUGCCUCUGGCUUCAAAACAUGCAUGUGACCUUUUCAUUGUGAGGUAGGAUACGAUGGAUACAGGGGUAACAUCUAAAAAAGAAAAUGGUAGAAAUAUAUCAAAAGUGAGGAAAUUCGACUUGUAAAUUAAAAAAACUCAAAAGAAACAAAUUGGGAAGUCCUGUCUUGUUGCGGUUGUGGAGCACACCUUGUUGUAAUUUAAGAACAGAAUGGAAAUAAAAGACGAAAACAAGCUAUGUGAUAUUAUGUGAUUUGCAUAACGAACGACCACAAAAAAUACAUUCCUCCUUUUGUGCCCUCUGAACAGAACACCCAGCUUGGUGGUUAAUAUUAUUAACUUAAUAAACAGCUUCUAUUUUUUUUUUCUUCAAAUACACAUCUAUCUGACUAUGCAAUGGGAAGUGAUGUCACAUUGAAAUGAAAACACAAAGAAAUCAAAUCCUAGGUGCUAUUUUCUCUCUUCUGUGGUGCUACAGUAUGUGUUUUUCUAAUUUGUGUUGUUUGAAUGAAAGAAAAUGUGUGGUGAUAAUAUUCCACCGCCAGCAGCCCCCUUGACUCUUUACCACCACAUCCGACGCAGGUGGAUCUUUGCUGCAUCUAUUUACUUGUUUUUCUUCAAAUGUUCAGCAGUGGUGUUUGCAUGCCAUUUCUCUACACAUCCACUCACAGAUCAGUGCAGCAUGGCGGCGUAUGUUGUCUCCUGCUUCAGCGGACUGCACAAACUUGUACAAAUGUUGGAAUAACGAGAGGAAAGAUGGUGCUGCUGGCUUUGCAUAUCAUUGCUCUAAGAAGCUGCAUCAUGGCUCUUGGUGUUGGAUCAUCUGUGCCACAUCAAACUGAUGAAGUUGAGAAGUGGACAUGUUGUGAUUGGGCCAAAGCAUCCAAAAAGGGAUAUGGGAUAAGUUUUGUUUGGUGUAUGAAACCCUAAACGCUUCCACCAAAGGUUUUCAGGUAUAUUAAUAUAGCUUUAAGGGCCAUGGUGGCUUGAAAUCUUUUUCUUUAAAUGGGAAACAACUUGAAAAGUAUUUGUUCUCACAGUAGAAGCAGGUCAUCAGAUGAAAGCGUUGGCUCAUGCAGCAUCAAAGAUUGCUUGUUGGUCUUUUGUUUUUGCCCUUAUUGUAAUUAUGCUCUUUGUUUAAACUAUGCACUCUCUAUGCUUAUGACCACUAGUAUCUACCACAGAAUUCUACCGCUCUUCAUACAUAGGUUUUCUGUUUUUUAAAUCUUUAAAUAUGUGACUUGAACCAUUUCUGUUAAGAUAACUCAAUAUGCUUGUAGAUCUUUGGCUUUAUUUUUCAUUGUGAUGCAGUACACCCAAAUUUAACACUUUCCUCUCAAAAAGAAAAAGGAGAAACAACAUUUUUGUAAAUGUCCAGAACCAGCAGUGAUGCUGCCAUUGUUUUUGUUUCCUUUCAUUUUGUAGAUUUCCGUUUGUCUGUCUGUUUGUUUGUUUUUCACAGUCUUUGUCAAACCUGUGUAAGGAUAAAAGGAUAGAAGUUAUAUUGGUUUUUAUGUCAAUAAAUUCAAGUUUACUGUGGCCAUCCACUCUUGUAUGUCUUUUGAAGCAUUAAAACCUAUCUGUAUGCAUGAAAUUGUAAUGUUUUUUUCUCUUGCUGUUUUGUAGUGACAUGAUCUCUAGUCCACAUUUUAUUCAUCAUGAAACAUCCCUUUUCUAAUGGUACGGAUGAAUAAAGGUCAUGUCCACAAUUGUGAAGUUGAGGGAAAAUGAUGAACUUGUAACUCUACCAAAGCCAAUGUUCUAUUGUAGUAUAUUUAUUGUAUUAUUUAAAAUAAAAAAUAAAUGUUAAAUGAUACC